UGCUCCGUUCAGAUCAGGGCCGGCCCGGGCGCCGCUCAGAGGGACCGUGCUGACGCCCAGGCACCCACAGAACCCCGCCACGGGGCUCGGCGGUCAGAAGCAGCCCCAAUCUCGGGGCAGGAUCCGGAGGGAGCCCGAGAAACCGCGGAGUCUGCAGCCCGAGCCCUGAGCCGGGUAUCCGGAGGAGAGCGCAGCCUCGAGCCGCAGCGCGAGCCCCAGAGCCCCUGGGCGGCUGGUCCGGAUUCCGCGCUUCCCUUCAGGGCGGCACGCCCCCUGGCCACGGCGACUCCUCCAGGGCACCUCCUUGUCGUCCCUGGCUGGGACUUCAGCUCUCGAGGGAUAGGACAAAACCGCAGACCCGGUGCCCACCAUGCGCCUCAACAGCUCCGCGCCGCCGGGCACCUCUGGCGCGCCCGGCGCCGAGCCCUUCCCGCGGCCCCAGUCGGGACUGGAAGCGGCGCUCCUGGCCCCGGGCUUGGGCAACGGCUCCGGCAACGGGUCGGAGCCCGUCUUGGCGGAGCCCAGCAGCGACCUAGACGUGAAUACUGACAUCUAUUCCAAGAUACUGGUGACGGCCGUGUACCUGGCGCUCUUCGUGGUGGGCACUGUGGGCAACUCCGUGACAGCGUUCACACUGGCACGCAAGAAGUCGCUGCAGAGCCUGCAGAGCACGGUGCACUACCACCUGGGCAGCCUGGCGCUGUCCGACCUGCUCAUCCUGCUGCUGGCCAUGCCUGUGGAACUGUACAACUUCAUCUGGGUGCAUCACCCCUGGGCCUUUGGGAACGCCGGCUGUCGUGGCUAUUACUUCCUGAGGGAUGCCUGCACCUAUGCCACGGCCCUCAAUGUGGCCAGCCUGAGUGUGGAGCGCUACCUGGCUAUCUGCCAUCCCUUCAAGGCCAAGACUCUCAUGUCCCGCAGCCGCACCAAGAAGUUCAUCAGUGCCAUCUGGCUGGCCUCGGGGCUGCUGGCUGUGCCCAUGCUGUUCACGAUGGGCCAGCAGAAUCGCAGUGCUGAUGGCCAGCACCCUGGAGGCCUGGUGUGCACGCCCAUUGUAGACACGGCCACCGUCAAGGUCGUCAUCCAGGUCAACACCUUCAUGUCCUUCGUGUUUCCCAUGGUGGUCAUCUCAGUCCUGAACACUGUCAUUGCCAACAAGCUGACCGUCAUGGUGCGCCAGGCUGCUGAGCAGGGCCGGGUAGGCACGGUGGGCGCCCAGCACAGCACGUUCAGCAUGUCCAUUGAUCCCGGCCGGAUCCAGGCCCUGCGCCACGGUGUCCGCGUCUUACGUGCCGUGGUCAUCGCCUUUGUGGUCUGCUGGCUGCCCUACCAUGUCCGGCGCCUCAUGUUCUGCUACAUCUCAGAUGAGCAGUGGACCCCGUUCCUGUAUGACUCCUACCACUACUUCUACAUGCUGACCAAUGCGCUCUUCUACGUCAGCUCUGCCGUCAACCCUGUCCUCUACAACCUGGUCUCUGCCAACUUCCGCCAGGUCUUCCUGUCCACGUUGGCCUGCCUCUGCCCUGGGUGGCGGCGCCGGAGGAAGAGGCCUGCGUUCUCGAGGAAGCCCAACAGUGUGUCUAGCAACCAUGCCUUCUCCAGCGGUGCCACAAGGGAGACGCUGUACUAGGCCCAAGGAGGCCUCAACCUGUGCUCAGGGCAGCAUCCUGUCCGGGCCUCCAGGGGUCCAGCCAGUGGCAAAACUGGACCAUGCUGGUGAGGCCUGGGGCCAGCCUGGCACCCAGGCCUGUGUCUUUAAGCUUCUCUUUCCCCCUCCUCUCCCCCUCCUUCCCUGCCCCUGUCUACCUCCACCCUUUAAAAGUCACAUCAGAGGCUGUUCCUCUCCCAGACCCAAAAAGGGCCUUUAACAAGGAGAAAUUAGUGCUCAGCAAGGGCGCCUUCCUUUGUUCCCAGACUAAUGGAUGUUUAGAAAGAAGGAAAUGAAAGGACUGAGUUGGGGCCAGGCCCUCAGGCAGCUGGGCUGUUGUUAUCCUGACAGCAGCAUCUGCCCCCCACCAGGGGGGUCAGACAGUGACAGAGGACAGGGCCUGGACCUGGGGCACGGGCUCCAUCCAUACAGCCACCUUUUGCCUCUGUUCUAAGCCCAGGUCCAGUGGGUCCCCUGGCUCUGGGGCUCAUAUCUAGACACUGCCAUGCAGGCCAGCAAGCUGCCUCUCCCAGGGUGAUCCAGCAAAGCCCCUAAUGCUCUCCUUCAGGCCUGGGGCCCAUGACUGAAUGUGCGGAGAUCCAGCCCCCUGUCCCCACCCUUGGCAGCCAUGCCCCCCAAAAAAAGGAUAAAAAGGGAGUGGCCUGGCAAUGACCCAAACCUGGACCUUCCUCCUCCCCCGAGCCCAGCCCAGGUGGCUAUGCAGGGCUACCAUGUAGCAGGCAAUAGGACCUGUCCUCUUGAGGGAUGGAAGUUCAGAGGCCCUGGUUCUUCCUGCCCCAGUGGCAUUGGUGGGGACAUCUGUGCUAAGGUGCAGCAGCAGACAGCACUGGCUCCAGAGUGGAACCCUUGAGAAGGGGUACGUGGACCAGGAGUGGUCGGGGCAGGCCCCCAACAAGGUGCCGGGCACCGCAGAUAAGGACGCAAGCAUCAAGGCACCCAGCUGGCCAGCAGUCCUGGCUGAGCUAUGAGUCCAUUUGUCACCAGCUGCCAGGCAGUGGUUCUGGCCUGGGCCCCAGGCGCCCAGAAAGGACAGGCAGGCGCCUUUGGUCUCUGGGAACUGUCUCUAAAAGAGAACAGGACCAACCAGGAUGCUAUAAGACUGCCUGAAUCCCAGAGACAGGCCCCAGGAUGCACCUGGAUGAGUGAAAUAGGAGCAGCAGGAAGGCCAAAGAGCAAGUCUGUCUUUUUCAAAGGACAUUUUACUGCCUUGGGCCCCGUUAUCUGGGAAUGAGAUGGGUGGACAGGCAGCUGGCCUAUGACAACAAUGUUACCUUGGGACACAGCAGGCCUAGUUCCAACCCAGGAUUGUCCACUUCACCUUCUAGGGAUAUAUUUGGCCACCAGACCUGGACACUGUUAAUGAACUGCUGGGCUGCUGGAAUUCCACAAACUCCCGCUAUCACUAAGCGACCCCUGAGGUCACCAAGAUCAGGACCUGGCUGGCUGCAGGGAGGUGUGGCCAGCCCAGAAGGAGCCUCUCCACACCCGAGCCCUAUCUACCCCUGUGUGGCCACCCCACCCAGUGGAGGAGAGGUCCCAGGCCCAGGGAUUUCUGCAGAAGGACUUGGACUGGAUCAGGCAACCUGACCCCAGAUUCCACCCCUAAGCCCCCAGACCUUGUGCAGGCUACCAUUCUCUAAGCCCCAGUUUCCCCAUCUCAGCUGGAUGACACUGUCCUGGAAGAACCAGCCUUUGUGGACAGAGGGACAUUCCCAAGAUGGGACAGAACUGACACCUAAUCAUCCAGUCUCCAGAAAUGCUGUGGCUGGUUUUAAGGGGAGGUCCAAGCUGUCACAGAAAGUCUUCGGUGUCGUCCUUACCUUCCUAUCAGUGUGUUCAAUGUAAGUAGGACAUACAUCCACCAGACACAUCAUGACCCUGACUGGGUGUCUUCAGGCAUAUGUCCUUGGAAUAUUCAGCCAUGAGUCCAUAAUCAUAUAGCCCUAGUGGUGAAAUGUAAUCCCAGUAUGUGCCUCAAACAUCCCUUAAAAUGCCCCCACCCUGCCACACUACAGUCAAAGAAAAAUACCCUACCACCACCAUCUCAAUAAAGCGUACUGUGGAUCGCCAAUUUUGGACUCUUCAGUUACGGGCCUGCAUGCAUCCAUGUGCGCACCCAGGAAUCCACUCAGAAGAGCUGAUGCAGCAGAUGCCAGCUCCUGACUCUCGCCACACCCUGAGUGUUGCUCACAUCCCCUGGCCACCUUCCUACUAGGUCAGGAGCCCUUCGCUCUCCCUACCCACCUGCUGCUCAGCCUCAUGCUUGCUCCUAGUGGGAAUGUCUACCCAGGCAAUUGAACCAUGGCUGUUUUGAAACUCUGGUUAAACUUUUAUUUAAAAAAUUCUCAGAUUUUAGACAAUAUACUUCUACUUAAAGUAAGAAGUCUGCAUAAAGAGGAAGGAGCAAUGUCCCUCAGCUUACACUCAAAUGCUUACCAACUGACCCCAGUCUGAGCAGCUGGCCUUGGAUGACAGACCCGCCAAUGAAACAGUGCAUUGAUAGACACUUUCCUGUCUUGUCAGCAAAUAGUAAAGGAGACCUGGUUUAGGGCCAGCGAGCCUCAGAAGCCGCCACCUCGCCUCAGAAGCCGCCACCCUCCUGCUUAAAUCGCCAACUCCACUGCCCCGAUUCUGACUCUGCAGCCUGAGCAGCACUGACCUCCUGGCCUCUCUGGGUCUUCUGUUCACAUUACCACCCCCAGUUCUCUGCCACAGAGACCCAGCCCAAUAGCCACCCACUCCUCUCCACCUUCCCAGCUGCCUGCACCAUCUCUGCCUCUCCGGGGAAGGAGAAAGGUUGCUUUCUCCCCUUGGUGGCCACGUUGAAGGGGACUGUGAUACGAAGGGUGCCAGAGGGACAAGUGGGGAUAGGAAUCAUGUUGCCUAGAUUUUCAUUUUCAUGGUGUGGGUAGACACACACACACACACACACACACACACACACACACACACACUAUGCAGGCAUAUGUACACACACAGAUACACGCAUGUAUACCAGCUACACAUACUAGCUGAAAAUGAGCUGAAGAGCCAGGGCCACCCUCUGGAGCUACCCUGACCAAAUGGAUGGAACACACAUCCACAAGAGAUGCCUCCUGAAUUGGGGUACCUUUUCUGCCCUCACCUCCACCUCCCUUUCCCAUAGAAGACACUCACCCAGUCCAGGCUGAUGGCACAGGCACAGCUCUGUCCACCACUGAGUGCCAUCUUUAGCUAGGCAUGAAUAAAGGUUUUCCAACAGAGGCCUCAGGGAUUUCUCUGGCCUUCCUCCAUGGUGCUCAGCAGUCAGAGCCACCUGAGACUGCCAAGUAGGUUCUCCCAGCCCUGCCUGGACCUGUGAAGCCAGAUUUCCUGGGACCCUGGGUCUGCAUCCCAUUAACUGCUCUAGUGGAGUGGGGUGCUCCCCAAAGUAUAAGGACAAUCCAGUGCCCUCUCUAGCUUCCAUUCUCUAGCCAACGCAGCCUGGCUCCCUCAGGCUAACUUGCCCUUGAUGGCUGGCCCGGAGAUGAAGGUGUGAGGUUCCCACACUCUGCAGGGGAGUCCCUCUACUCCCAUUCACACACAGAAGUGAGGACUUGGCUGAUACAUGGAUCCAAGAGAUGUGUUACUAAAAACAUUAAAGGAAUGCAAUACUGACAACAGAAUCCCAGGCCAGUCCCAGGAGUGGGAUGUAGGGACAACCAGCAGGCAAUCCUGACCCUGGACACACAUCCCCAAUACCCACCCUGAGUAAAUCCAGAGCCCUGGCCAAGCCCCUCCCCACUGGUCUUCUGAGUUUGGUCCUUUUUCCAGGACCUGGACUGAGGAUCCACCAUCUCCAUCCCCAUUGCUAGGCAACAAGGCAAGGCUUGGGAGCAAAUUCUAUGUUCUAAACACAUUUGAAGGAAGAAAGAAAGCCAGGCUUCCUGUGUCUGCAAAGCUCCUCUCUCUACUCUUCUCCCUUCCCCCACCACUCCCUGCAAUUAUGAUCUGAAUUCCAGUUUUUAUCAGAACACCAUGGAAACCAUGUCCAGGCUGUCUGUGAAAGAACGAUGCAGCACAGAGAGAGUAGGCCAAGGGAAAGCAGGAGGCCCACGUCAGAGGAGCGUGCAAAAGGCGAGCAGAGGCAAAGAGGGCAGAGGAGGCUGCCCCAAACAAAAGACAUUAUCAGCACCUGCUCCAAGGGGCAGGAGGCUCUCCCCAACACACACGCGCACACACACACACACAAUGCAGGCACAUGUACACACAUAGAUACAUAUACCAGCCACACAUACUGGUGUGUGAAACACAGUUAUACCCAGGCAUGCCACGUGCAGAUGAGAGUGCAUAUACACUUGUGCAUGCAUACUGCAUUCCUUGGGUCUGCGAGACUUGCUGGUUCUGACCCUGCUAAGCUACUCACUAAUGAGAUUAGCAGAACCACUGAGGAGCCUGGGAAUCCCCAGCCAGGCCCAGAAGUACCUCCAGGUCCAGAACAAGAAGUUCUCCAGGUCCUGGAGGGAAGCGCCCUUAGUUCAGCUCUGACCCCUCCUCUCCCGACUGUCCCAGCUCAAGACCCACAGCUGCUGGGGGCCAGGCUGCAGCUGGGCAGGAUUCGCAGGACAAGAGGCCCCAGCUCCCAACUCACAAGGGCAAGCACAGCCUGACUGCGCCCACCUGCACAUAGGAGCUGGAUGAAGACCCCACUUCCUACUUCCCCGAGAGCAGCCAUUAAGAGUCCCGGAGCUCCCACUCCCUGUGCCUGGCCAGGUGUAGAUAAGGUCUGGGGUUCUGGAACCAACACAUUAUGGUAAUUGAGGGAAACCUGGAGCUAAGAAGAGGGACUGCCACCUCCCCCAAGUCCCUACCUCAGCCAGCCCAUCACCCAGCACCCCUCCAAUGCAGGGUAGUUUCCUCUCUUUUCCCAUAAAUACCCUCUCUCUGGCCCUCUCUCACUCUUUGAGUCCCUCUUGCUCCUUCCCUGGAUCAUGUUCCCCAUUUUCUCUCUCCCUCAUCUCCCCCUCCUCCUCCCUCAUCUGUUACAGUAACAUGUGAACUCAAGAGCAGUUUGUGCCUCUAUUGCAACCAAGAAUCUAACAAAUCACUUGGUCUAGGCCAAGGCUCAGCUGUCCAGCAGGACACUAGCCUCCACUCCUGUAUGGGCUCUCCUCCCUGUUCUUCCCUUUCCCACUCCUUUCUUCCUGGGGCCACCUCUCUAAUAAAUAAGUGACUUAUACUUAAA